UCCUGUCGGGCCAUCGGCAGCAACAAAAAGGGAGAAGGAAGCCAUUAAGCCAUUGCUUUUCGACUUUCAUUUUGGCGUACAAGUAUAUGAUAUUAUAUUUUAACAGGCUGAUUCGGUGAGAGUGUUUUUUUGUGGCUUAAUUUUUUGCGGUCCUUAAUUUGCCAAGCCGCGUUUGCAGUCUGACGACUUUCCCCUCGGACGCUUUCGGCCCAAAUCGGCAGAGGCCGGAGAAAUGGACGAGUCCGAAUCGGCGGCGAAGGAACUCGGGCUGGAGGAGGCGCCCGAAGCCACCGCCGUUGUGCCGGGAGAGGAGGGGGAGAACUCGGAUACCGAGUCGGAGGCCGAAGUUACUACGAUGGCCGUAAUGGGGGAACCGGGGAACAUCGAGAUCGGAGCCGAGUCCUUGCCGAACCCAGACGAGGCCGCGUUUGCAGAAGUGACAACAGUGACGAUGGGGGAUGUCCAGGGCUCCGGGGACAACGUAUUUACUACAUCUGUCGCCACAGCAGCUUCUCUCUCAGAACACGUCCUUACCGGCAGGACCACCUUACAGAUUGCGGACAGCCUCAACACCCAGAAGGCCACCCUGAUUGUGGUCCACACUGACGGGAGCAUCGUGGGAGCUACGGGACUGAAGGGGGCAGCCACACCCAUGACCCCUGGUCCCCAUAUGCCCACGACUACUCUGCCUCCCGAGCACGAAAAGGACGGCUCCAAGUAUAACUGGGACCCCUCGGUGUAUGACAACGAGCUGCCAGUGCGGUGCCGAAACACCAGCGGCAUCCUGUACAAGAACCGGCUGGGCUCAGGUGGGAAAGGGCGAUGCAUCAGGCAUAACAACAGCUGGUACACACCCACCGAGUUUGAGGGCAUGUCGGGCCGGGCGAGCAGCAAGGACUGGAAGAGGAGCAUCCGCUACGCAGGCCGUCCGCUACAGUGCCUCAUACAGGAGCGUAUCCUAAACCCGCACGCAGCCUCCUGCACGUGUGCGGCCUGCUGCGAUGACCUUUCCUUGGUGAGUCCGUUUCUGAUGGCCCUGAUACCCCAGUGUGCCAAGGAUGGGGCGUCUUUCAGAGGGGAGAACGUAAAUAUGACCGGCCCUGUGAGGCUGUUUGUCCCCUACAAGAGACGAAAGAAGGAGAGCGACCGGCCUGCUACCCCCGAGAAAAAGGACAUCCAGACUCCAAAGAACAUCACCUUCGCACCUGGUGCCACCAUCACCGUUUCGCCGUCAGGGCAAAUCACCACCUCUGGCACGCUGACGUUUGACAGGACCCCGGCAGGUGAUGCUGCCACCAUAAUAUCUGAGAGCCCUGCCCAGGCAGAUGUCUUCACCAGUACAGCAGUCCUGACAUCUCUACCGGCGCUGGCUGUGGCCCCCCAGCCGGUCCAGGCCAAAGCUCCCUCCCCCGGUCUGCCCGGUGGGCUGGAGACGGGGGAACAGCGCACCUGGCUGUACCUGGAGGAGAUAGCCAACAGCCUGCAGAGCAGCGUGCAGCAGCUGAAAGCACUGAUCGACCACGCCAAGCAGGCCAGCCAGGCCGGCCAGGAAGCCCUCGUGACCCAGGACAAGGCAUCUUCCGAAAGGAAGGAGUCUUUCCCAGGUCAGCUAUCCUUCCAGCAUGCAGAUGACCCCGAGGGGAAAACAACAGAGAUCAUCAUAAAGCAAAUGUGCGUCAACUGCGGAAGGGAGGCCAUGAGUGAAUGCACUGGCUGCCGGAAGGUCAACUACUGCUCCACAUUCUGCCAGAGAAAGGACUGGAAGGACCAUCAGCUCUGCUGCCAGCCUGCUGCUGCUGUGUCUAUCCAGGGGGAGGACCAGAUGCCCCCAAUGGACAUGGAGAAGGUUAAGGUGUAACGUGCUGCUGAGGCACGUCGGUGCCCAUGGCAACGUGUGACAGCGGACAGGCGUGUGGGAGCCACCGUCCUGAUAAGCGCACAGUCCUCACUGUCCUGCUAGCAAAGACUUUGAUGAAAACCCCGCAUCUGGAGAGAGGAUUACAUCAGCCCUGUCAGAUUUUGUUAGGUAUAAAUUUGCUCUCUUUUUGGGUGCAAUGGAGGCAAGAUAAAGUUCAUUGCCAUUUGGGUCGGUAUGCUGGAUGAUUGCCUCUCUUCAUGAAACAGAAGUUUCCAUAUUUGACAAGCUUUGAUUGGAUAUCUGGAACCCAUUUUUCCUGAUCAGGAAAAUUAGGUUUUUUUUUUUUAAAAAAGCUUUACGCAUUUGCUGAUUGUUGACUCUCACCUACUUGACCCUCACGAAAAGGAAGCAAUUUUCUCAUCCCCUGCACAUAUCGUAGCAGUACGAUGCUAUGACUCAUAUUCAGACAAAUGUCCCAGACAAUCUGAGCAUGGGCUGAUCAUCUGGAACACACUGCACUAUUGAUCGGAACACAAACGGAUCUGUGCCAUCUGACAAGCAGACAGAGCCAGUGCGGGGCCUGUUUCUUGGAAUUUACUUUGGAAUUUGGAACAUUAUUUUUUUAAUGUAUUUAUUUAAGUGAAAUAUAUUUUCUACAGUUUAUUGGGGAGGGAUUAAUCUUUGAGGUAUGACUCCUUGUGACCAGAAUUGGUUUGUGGUCGCCUUGGGUCUUCUGUGUGUUCUUCUGUUGAUCUGUUUGGAAAAUCUACCAAAGAAGCGUAGUGUUACGCUGAAAACAACGGAAGUGGUGAAAAGUGAGGAAAAAAACACAACUGACACUUAUUGAAAUUAAAGAAAACCAUGUGAAACAU